AUGAGUUCUCAGGAAAUAAGUUUAAAACUGUUGAAUCGCACAAAGUAUGCUCAGAAUCGUACAAAAUAUUAUACUGUAGGGAACACAGUCCUUGCUCAAACCGAAAGGCCUUUGUUUAUCACUGGUAGUUUCAAUGACUGUGUUGGUAAUCUUAAAUCACUCUCACUUAGGAAAUCUUACCUUAAUCGACACUCGUCUAAACGUGGCCCUUUCCAGAAACUCAGCUUUCCUCAUGAAUAUUUCAAGUUUCUAGGCGAUCCCGCCUACUACUCACAUUCUGAACUUCUAUACGCUUGUUCUUACUCUUCUGAGAACUUCAUGUGUGAUUCCUACUUCUGGAAACAAAUCUGUGAGAAGCUACGUGAGGUUAGGGACGUGGUUGAUAUAAAGGAUUUAUUAAGUUGUUUGUGUAGUGUAGUGAAGGUGAAUUAUUAUGAUCGGGACCUUCUUCGUAUGUUAUCUAGAGAGUUUGUCGAUGACAUUGAUAAGCUCUCACUUGCUCAAAUUCAUCAACUUUUACACUGUUACUUUAAGCAAAACGUUUACUCUUGUGACUUGAUAGAUAAAGUUGGACUUAAAAUUACUCAACACAUCAGCACAGCCCAAACUAGUGAACAUAGUGACAAGGAAAUUAACACUAAUGUGAGUUUUUUGGAUAAAAUUAAGGAUUUAAUACCUGGCAAGGCUGUGGAUGUGGCACAAAAGUGUGAAUUUGACCUUAAAACUUUAUCUAGAAUUUGUAAAUACUUGAGCUACUUCAACUACGCUAAUUCUAACUUUUACUCCGCCAUUUCUAACCUUUUUAUUCUUUACUGUAAUCACAUGGACUUCACAUCAAGACUUCAUUUUUUCAACUCCAUCAAUCCUAAACUAAUUAAUAGUCCUGAAUCAACUAAUCUUAAUGAUUUAUUAACCAAGUUUCUCCAAUCAUUCAACAAUGACUCAAUAAUUUAUCAUGAGAAUGUGUUUGACCAUGAGAAUGUGUAUGACCAUGAGAAUGUGUUUGAACUUGGUACAUUUCUAUCAUCUGAGCUCUUUAAAAAUGCUGAAAACUCUAAACUGCUUCAUAAUCUUUGCUCAAUCGCUUCUACAAUUAACCUAAUUUCCAACUCUAUAUCACAUUUACACCAUUUUAAUCAGUCUGAAAUUGUAAAUAAAAUUCUAAAUUCCAGUGAUACUGCCACUGGAUUAGCAAAAUUGUUUGACAAACUUUAUCAGUACUGUGAUGAUAUUAUUGAUGUAAUGUAUAAAAUAACGCCCCUAAACACGAAUGGUAAAUCGCCUUUUAUUCAAUCACUUGAGAAUAUUUUUAUGGACUCUAUUCUCACCUCCGUUAAAGCCCUAAACUCAUUUUAUCGCCUCCAAGUCAUUCAAUUAUCAAUCAUCAAUUCUAAUAACUCACUAUUAAACACUGGAAACUCAAUAAUCAAUUCUGAAAACUCACUGUUAAACACUGAAAACUCACUGUUAAACACUGAAAACUCAGUAUUAAACCCUGAAAACUCAGUAUUAAACCCUGAAAACUCAGUAUUAAACCCUGAAAACUCAGUAUUAAACUAUGAUAACACAUUGCAUAACUACGAACAAUCGAAACGAAUGAUUUGUAGAGUGUUAAAAUUCACUACUGAGGAUGAUACAAUUCACGCGUAUUUCCUUAAAAAUUGUAGUAAAAUAAAUGUUACCAGUUCUGACGUUAGCUUUAUUUCCAAGGUUUCUCAGUGUCUGGAAGACUUCAAUUGUAAAUCUCAAUCCACGUCAAAUUUAACUUCAGCGUUCGAAUUAUUCUCACUGUUACCACUGAUUAAAAGUGAAUUACGUGAAGCCUGUGGUAAAGGCGUUGAAAUUUUAUCUCUUGAAAUUAUUAGACAACUGGUCGACUUCAAUCGUCAGGACAUUUAUAGAAUCAAACUACUUCUCAACUUUACCAAUACAAAUUCACUUCUAAAUCACUACAUCUCAUACUUUCCUAAAAUCACUCGAAGACAACACCUCAAACAUCACUACCAAUAAUUAAUCCACACAAUAUACAAUUGAAUAUAUAAUGUACAAUAUACAAUAUAUGAUGGAAUAUACAAUAGAAUAUAUAAUGUAGAAUAGAAUAAUUGUAUAAUGUGUAGGUGUAAAAAG